GCGCUGUUGUUUGAGCGACGGGACCGUCUCGCUCUGUCUCGUGGGUUCGUCUGAAGAGGUUUUACCGUGUUUUGUUGAGUUCCGCAGUUCAUGUUCCAGGACUGAGCGCGCUCCACAGCUCUCUCGUGCCGUCCGCUCAACAUAAUCGCGAGUAAUGGCUGCUGAGGUCAAUGGCAGCUCCGGUCCGGUCAAAGAAGAAGAGGAGCCCAUGGAUGUGACGGCCACACACUCAGAGAACUACCAGGCGCUGCUGGACGCUGGCCUGCCACAGAAGGUGGCCGAGAGCCUGGACAACAUCUUCCAGACAGGGCUGGUGGCGUACGUGGAUCUGGACGAGCGGGCGCUGGACGCGCUGCGGGAGUUUAACGAGGAGGGAGCACUGUCAGUGCUGCAGCAGUUCAAGGAGUCUGACCUCUCACACGUGCAGAAUAAGAGUGCCUUCCUGUGCGGCGUGAUGAAGACAUACAGACAGAGAGAAAAGCAGGGCAAUAAAGUGCAGGAGUCUACAAAAGGCCCAGACGAGGUCAAGAUAAAGGCUCUGCUGGAGAGGACAGGAUACACUCUAGACGUCACCACAGGACAGAGGAAGUACGGCGGCCCUCCUCCAGAGGAAGUGUUCACCGGCCCCCAGCCCGGCAUCGGCACCGAGGUGUUCGUGGGGAAGAUCCCGAGGGACCUGUACGAGGACGAGCUGGUUCCUCUGUUUGAGAAGGCCGGCUCUAUCUGGGAUCUGAGGCUGAUGAUGGAUCCUCUGACCGGUCAGAACCGCGGCUACGCCUUCAUCACCUUCUGCAGCAAAGACGCCGCGCAGGAAGCUGUUAAACUGUGUGAUAACUACGAGAUCCGGUCGGGCAAAUAUCUGGGCGUCUGCAUCUCUGUGGCCAACAACCGUCUGUUCGUGGGGUCCAUCCCGAAGAACAAGACCCGCGAGAGUAUCCUGGAGGACUUCGGCAAAGUCACCGAGGGCCUGCAGGAGGUCAUCCUCUACACGCAGCCGGAUGAUAAGAGGAAGAACCGCGGCUUCUGUUUCCUGGAGUAUGAGGAUCAUAAGUCGGCGGCUCAGGCGCGGCGCAGGCUCAUGAGCGGGAAGGUGAAGGUUUGGGGGAACCCUGUGACCGUGGAGUGGGCCGACCCCGUGGCAGAGCCGGACCCAGAGGUCAUGGCCAAGGUGAAGGUGCUGUUUGUGCGUAAGCUGGCCGCUCCGGUCACAGAGGAGCUUCUGGAGAGCACUUUCUCUCAGUUCGGCAAACUGGAGCGCGUCAAGAAGCUGAAGGACUACGCCUUCGUUCACUUCGAGGAGCGAGACGCCGCAGUCAAGGCGAUGCAGGAGAUGAACGGGAAGGAGCUGGGGGGCGAGGAGAUCGAGAUCGUGCUGGCCAAACCUCCAGAUAAGAAGAGGAAAGAGCGACAAGCUGCGCGUCAGACCAGCAGAGGCCCCGGGUAUGAUGACUAUUAUUACUACCCUCCCCCCCGCAUGCCUCCUCCGGGGCGUGGCCGAGGCCGUGGGGGGCGUGGCGGAUACGCCUACCCUCCUGAUUACUACGGUUACGAGGAUUACUAUGACGACUACUACGGUUACGAUUACCAUGACUACAGAGGCGGUUACGACGACCCCUACUACGCUUACGACGACGGCUACUCCAUGAGGGGGCGGGGCAGUGGGAGGAGCCGUGGAGCUCUGCCUCCCCCCAGAGCCCGCUCGGCUCCGCCCACCCGCGGCAGAGGUGGGUAUCCUCCGAGGGGCGGGGCUCCCAUGGGUGGUGGGCGUGGCCGUGGCGGGGGGCGUGGCGGGCCCUUCCAGGCUCCCAGGGGCCGCGGCAGCAGAGGUGCGCGGGGGAACCGCGGUGGUAACGUGGGCGGGAAGAGGAAGGCGGAUGUGUUCAACCAGCCAGACUCCAAACGCCGGCAGACCAACCAGCAGAACUGGGGCUCUCAGCCCAUCGCCCAGCAGCCCCUGGGCUCCGACUACAGCUCCGGAUACGGCUACAGCAACGACUCGCUCGAGUUCUCCCAGGACUCCUACGGCCAGCAGUGGAAGUAGACCAGACACGCCCCCUCCUCACAAACAUGACCCUGAUUGGCCAGCAGUGUUUGACUUUUCUAUCCUCCAAUAGCCCUGUAGAUUCUGUCCGUGGCCCCGGAAUGUGUCCGACGGGACGUUUGUCUUAAACACACCACUUUUAUUCCUACAUCCUCCUUGUUUUAAACUCCACCAUGAGCAUUUUAAAGAAGACACUGAUUCUUCCGAGCACGCGUGUGCGUGACCUGAGGGACGCUCAAUCAUGAAAUGGCCUUCCAGAAAGAUGUGGUCCUCCGUUCUCAUCGUCUCUCUCUUUCUCUCAGUGCUAGUGGCGUAGGGACUCGCUUGUACAUAACGGCUGGCGACUAGAGCUUCCUUUCAGCUUUUUGUUUUAUUAUUGUGUUUUUUUGUUUUGUUUUUUUUUGGGGCGGGGGGGUUGUUUUUUGCAGAAGUGGAGAAAAGAAUCCACGAGAAGGAAAAAAAAAGUUUUGUAGCAGGAAUGCUGUCUAAGUGUCUGUUUAGCAUUUCUAGAAGUAGUAGAAUUGUGUUUUUUAAUAACUGAUAUACUGAUAUUAUAACUUCAGAUGUUUUUUUUCCACUUGGGAUUUGCUGGUGAGGGUUUGGUCUGGCUUACCUUAAGAGCUACGGCCCGCUGGUCUGAUGUUUGUAUUUAUAACUUUUUUUUUUUUUGUUUGUUUGUGCAGUUUCAAUAAAACUCAAUCGAGCAAAUUCCA